AUGACGCCUCCCCGAUCGGAGUCUCAGAUUCUGUACCUGGCCUCAGCAUGGACACCCAAAUUUGGAAUAUUUGCUUCCCCCCCCAAUUCUUCUAUUUUCCCCGGUUCGGAUGCCACGAUGUCCAGCCGCGAGGCAGAUCCAUUGCCGUUGGCCCCAGAGAUCGUCAGCCGACACUCGGCUCCGACGACACACGAGAUUGGACAAAACUGCGCCAGUUGUUCCUAG